CUGAUCCGUCUGAGGAGCUCCGGGCGGCGGAGGGAGCAGCGAUGGUGGCAGCGGCGUCGGGUGCAGCAGCCUCGUCCUCCUCUUCGUCGUCUUCGUGCUCCCGGCGCCUGUCCCGGCGCUCGCCCUCGGCGCUGCUGCUGCUGGCGCUGACCGUGCUGCUCCUUGUGCAGAGCCUCGUCGUCUGGAACUUCAGCAGCUUAGACGCCGGAGAGCAGCAGCAGCAGGAGGAGGCCCAGGACAAGCAGCAGCAGAACCAGCAUCAGCAGCAUCUCCAAGGAGGAGGAGGCAGGAGCCGGAGGAGGGAGAAGCGCCAGCUGGAAAGCAGCCACAGCCCCGACCUGCUCCGGAGGCACCUGCCCCGCAAGGGACCCCGAGGAGGGGCAGCAGCAGUAGCAGCGGGCAAGGAGGGCAUGGAUCAACCUCUCAAUAUUUAUAAAGGCUUGGAAACCCAGGAUGGCUACUUUUCCCACCGUCCGAAGGAGAAAAUGCGAACAGAUAGCAAUAAUGAAAACUCUGUUCCCAAGGACUUUGAAAACAUAGAUAACAGCAAUUUUGCUCCCAGGACACAGAAGCAAAAACACCAGCCAGAACUGGUGAAGAAGCCAGUGAGCAAACAGAAGGAGCGCUUGAGAAGAAAACUGGAGCAAGAGGAAAAGGUGAAAGAAAACUCGUUCCUUGGAAAAAAUUCCAAUGAGGUGCUACAGGAUGGCAAUGCCACCCCAAAGAACAACAACUAUGGCAGCCAUUGGAAGGAUACCCACCGAUCUGUCCGGCAACCACAUUGGAAGAAGGGUGGAAAUGGCUCCCCUGAGCUUGGGUACGAACAACAACCCAAAUGCGAGAUGUCAGGCAAGGAAGCACUAUCUGCUCUGUCCAGAGCCAAGUCCAAGCAGUGUCGGCAGGAGAUUGCAGAGAUAUACUGUGAGCAUAAGAAAGGGAAGCUUAUGCCAGAGCAAGUGACUCGUUUCUGUCCACUAGAAGGCAAAGCCAACAACAAUGUCCAGUGGGAUGAAGACUCCGUAGAAUACAUGCCCACCAACCCAGUCAAGAUCGCAUUUGUCUUGGUUGUUCAUGGCAGAGCAUCUCGGCAGCUAACACGCAUGUUUAAGGCUAUUUACCAUAGAGACCAUUUUUAUUACAUUCAUGUUGACAAGCGUUCCAAUUACCUACAUCGGCAAGUGCUCCAAUUUGCAAGCCAGUAUCCCAACGUGAGAGUGACCUCUUGGCGCAUGGCAACUAUAUGGGGAGGAGCAAGCCUGUUAUCCACUUACUUGCAAAGCAUGCAUGAUCUUUUGGAAAUGAAGGACUGGCAAUGGGACUUCUUCAUUAACCUCAGUGUUGCUGAUUAUCCCAUCAGGUCAAAUGAUCAACUCGUCACAUUCCUAUCCAGAUAUCGAGACAUGAACUUCUUGAAGUCACAUGGAAGAGACAAUGCAAGGUUUAUUAGAAAACAAGGUCUAGAUAGGCUUUUUCUGGAAUGUGAUACCCACAUGUGGCGCCUUGGUGACCGGAAAAUUCCAGAAGGAAUCACAGUCGAUGGUGGUUCAGACUGGUUUCUGCUGAAUAGGAAAUUUGUGGAAUAUGUCACAUUUUCGAACGAUGAUCUGGUGACAAAGAUGAAGAGGUUCUACUCAUAUACUUUGCUUCCAGCUGAAUCUUUCUUCCACACUGUCCUGGAAAACAGCCCUCAUUGUGACUCCAUGGUGGACAACAAUCUGCGUAUCACAAACUGGAACCGCAAGCUGGGAUGCAAAUGUCAAUACAAGAACAUUGUGGACUGGUGUGGCUGUUCUCCAAAUGACUUCAAGCCGGCUGAUUUCCACCGAUUUCAACAAACAGCAAGACCAACCUUUUUCGCACGCAAAUUUGAAGCAGUGGUGAAUCAAGAAAUAAUUGGCCAGUUGGAUUACUACUUGUAUGGCAACUAUCCAUCUGGCACACCAGGCCUUAGAUCAUACUGGGAGAAUGUCUAUGAUGAACCAGAUGGUAUCCACAGCAUUAGUGACGUUGCACUAACCAUAUACCACUCGUUUUCUCAUUUGGGCCUCAAGAGAGCAGAAACUUCAUUCCACACUAAUGGUGACAACAGCUGCCGGUACUACCCAAUGGGGCAUCCCGUCUCAGUCCAUCUCUACUUUCUUGCUGAUCAUUUCCAGGGUUUUCUCAUUAAGCACCAUGCGACUAACUUGGCUGCCAGUAAGCUUGAAACCUUAGAGACAUGGGUGGUGCCCAAGAAAGUAUUUAAAAUUGCAAGUCCUCCAAGUGAUUUUGAAAGGUUGCAGUUCACAGAGAUUGGAACAGACUGGGAUGCUAAAGAACGAAUUUUCCGGAAUUUUGGUGGACUCAUUGGACCAAUGGAUGAGCCAAUUGGCAUGCAGAAGUGGGGGAAAGGCCCCAACGUCACGGUUACAGUCAUUUGGGUAGACCCCAUAAAUGUCAUUGCCGCCACAUACGAUAUCCUGAUAGAAUCCAGUGCAGAGUUUACUCACUACAAACCACCGUUGAAUUUGCCUCUCCGCCCUGGAUUAUGGACAGUUAAAAUCCUGCAUCACUGGGUAGCUGUGGCUGAAACCAAAUUCCUAGUCUCUCCUCUGACCUUUUCCAACAGGCAAUCAAUCAGGCAAGAAGAAGUCAUGAAGCUGCAUGGUGGACCACCCAAAAAUGCCUACAUGGAGCAGAGUUUCCAAGGCCUGAACCCCGUUUUGAACAUCCCCAUCCACGCUGCACAGGUGGACCAGGCCAAGAAGAAUGCGGAACUCACUGACACCAAGCUAGAGAACUGGGUGGACAGCUUAGUUGGAAGCGUGUGGUCAGCUGUUGAUAUCUGUAGCACUGGCCCAACCUCCUGCCCAGUCAUGCAGGCCUGUAGCCAGACAUCUUGGAGUUCCCUCAGCCCAGACCCAAAGUCUGAGUUGGGCCCUGUUAAACCCGAUGGCCGUUUGAGGUAGCACCUGGUAUGCCCUUGGUUGGCUUUUAAAGGGAAUUGAACUUCAUUUUUGUGACUUGUGUGGGAGUGAGCAUCUAUCUGCACUUCAAAAUGCAAACAACAUUUUUAAAACUCCUUUCCUCAAGAAAAAAAAUCUGCAAAUUGUUUGUCAUUAAGGUUCGGAGUGGGAAAAGAUGGGAAUGUUUAGUUAUUUCCUCAAUGAAUUAUCAUUUCAAAUUCUUUUUAAUGGGAGAGGAAGGAGGAAAGUUAUUUUAAAACAUGCCUUUUCAUAACACAUAUAUAAUAGAUUUUGAAAUCAUAUCUCAGCUCUUCGCUGUUUUAUUUCACACACUUUCCCCCCCAGAAAAAGUGACAUCUCUGACAGGAGUAAUAAAAUGGCCACUAGUCCUGAACACUUCAAAAGUAUCCUCAUAGACAUUUAGCAAACAUUUGCCAAGUCAGGUUUUCAGUAGCAAUACAUAAGUUCUCCCCCUUUCUCCUUUAUAAUCAUUUUUACUUUUUAAAAGCCUUACCUCUGCCUGUUAAUAUUUGCAGAGGUUCAAGAUUUCACUUUCCAGAUUAUGGAACAAUUGCACAAGAUUGUUUCUGUGUAGAAGAUGUGGGUUGCGAUCCUAAAUACUCUUACUAGAGAUGCAUCCCCAUUGAAUACAUUAGGUCUUCGUUUUCAGUAAAUAUGCAUUAGGAUUGCACUGAAAGAAACUGGCUGCAAUAGCAGUACAAAUGGCAGCACUUAUAAUCUAUAAACAGGAACAUUCCUCUUUAUUAAGUUUGAGGUAGGCAAGUGUGUCAGUGUUAAUUUUCCCCAUAUAUGAAUGUUGUGAAUUAUGACAAAUUCGGAUUAGAAAUCAACUGAACUGACAUUCUUGCUUGGCCCCAGGUUACAGGCAAAUCUGUCAAUUUCACAAUCUCCCUCACUCAUAUCAUGCCAAUUUUAUGCAAUUCUAAUUAAGAAUUGACUUGAAAGCAAACUCUCGAACCAAAAACAUCUAUUUAUCUUACAUUUAACUUUUAAACGAGUUUUGACUUCCGUUUCGUAUUCUGGAGCUCCGACACAUUGGUCAGAUCUGAGGCUGAAACAUAGUGAAAAUGUUAGUUUCUACUAACAUUUAAAUUGUAUUUUUAUAUUUUUUUCUCCCUACUACUUGAUGCAAAUUAUUUCUGGUUAAACUCUUUGGCACAAUUUGGACAUUUUACACAUAUGCACAUGUUUUUAGGUAACACACGGGUGUGCUUCGUUGAGUUGAGUUCAAAUUUCUUGUCUGUUUAUGGAGCGCCAAAUCUCAAAGAAUGUCUUUUUAGUUCAGUUAUUGAAUAUGCCAGCCAUUAUAAAGUGGUAGUUGAUUUAAUAAAGUAACAUUUCUCUUCCCUCUUUCCCCCUUCCAUGCUCAUUUCUGACUUCCAUGGCUGUCAAUGCACAGCCAGCUCCUCCCUGUCAGAAAGGCUGAUAACGUCACCAAGUAACAAGAAAUGGUUGAAUUCCUUUUUUAAAACAACAGCUACAGUGGUGGGGAGUGUAAACCCUGCCACCCUGAUGUCUUGCUGAUCUAUUUUCUUGUCGUCUUGUUUGGUUUAAAGCUGUUCCACUUUGCUUUGGACUUUUGGGAUUUGCGGUGUCAGCUGUGCUGGCAUAAAAGUAGAGCAUUAAAUGUUUAGCUGACACAAAAGAGGCUGCAAAGGAGGAAAACCGUAGGUAUUUAUUUGUGUUUUAGUCAAUGACUAAUGAGUAGGUGCUGCUUGUGCAGCUUGGAGAUAAAUCUUAUCUUACUAACUAAAACUGCUUUUAUUUUUUAAAGGCCUUUUUUUCUUUUUUGAAACAAAAGAAAAAACUCUCCUUCCUUCCCCUUAGUUUCUUUCUAUUCUUGCAAAAUUAAUAAAGAAAACAAAUACUAAAGUAGUGUUUCUCAGCCUUGAUGGCUCCCUAAGUAUUCUUGGACUGCCAUCCUUCCCAGCUAACAUGAACAGCAUUUAGGGAGGAAGAGAGUUGUAGUCCAGUUGCAGUCCGAAGUUAGGAGCCACUUAAAGUGAGUUUGAAAAGUAAGAGUGAGGGGCUUUCCAUCCAAUUAGGAGCAGUUGUUGUAUUUCAUACUGUCAUAACCAUCCAUCUGUAGCCCUAUUCUGGCGUUCAGAAUAUAAUCAAAAUCAACACAAAAGGAAAGAAGGGAGUGUUUCUUGCUCUUCGUUCUUGCUCUCCUCAGAUAGUGAGCAACAGUUUGAAGAGGAGAGUUGGUACUAAAUGUGUGGGUUUUUCUUCACAUCAUCCAGAAUGCUUACUUUUCCCAAGAUUAUGGAUUGCAUGGAAAACAUAGAAGAGGCUCACCUUCUUAAACUGCUGUUCUGUACAUGAGGAGACCAGUCAUGGAUGGGCAAGUCUGGCAUAUUCCUUUCCGCAUGUACUUAUUUUCACUACAAUACCAGGUUAUUGUGUUUUGCAAACAGCCGUUAUACGCAAAUAUGGGAAGGAGAGAUUAAUACAAUUUAUACUAUUGCUAAUAAACCUUUGAAAGUAGAAUAAUUUUCCAUGCCCCCCUUAGACUUUAUAGCACGUUUCAUUACAUUCUGAGUGCCUGAGUGGAGUUUAUAUCUAUCUAAUCCAUGCCCUGUCUUUGAAAAAAUCAAGUGUACAUAAACUCUUCCAGAUGGGGUGACUUUGUUUAUGCACCAAGUGGACAAAUGGCCAGGCCUCACCAGAAGAUCAAGUCUACUGCUAAUACCUUCAUGACAGUGAGAGAGAGUCCAGUGUUCUCAUGCUCAAAGUAGCUUUUAAUCCAACAUCCUACCAUGCAAAUCUUUAGGGUACUUCCUUGCAAAGUACAAGGUAUUUCAGUUGAUAGGAGCCAAUGUAAAAGUGUUCUGUUUAAGGCAGCAAUGUACGGCUCUCCAGCUGCUGGUGGUAUGUAAUUUGCACGUUUCAUCACCAUUGCAUAUGUUAGCUAAGGUUAGUGGGAGUUCUCCAACAACAUCUGAAUCCCCAUGGUCUCCACCAUGGUCUCUGACAUUUGACUGAUGAUAGAUAAUGCACAUAUGUACUACCUUAGUUCAUGUGUUCAUCAAGCCAUGUGCAAGUCUCUUCUACGUUUUCCACAUAAGCCAUAAUCUUGGGGAAAGUAAGCAUUCUGGAUCAUGUGAAGAAGAACUCACACAUUUAGUACCAACUGAAUGCUGCAGUACAAGUGAUCUUGAAAAAGGUCAGCUCUCUGCUACUGCCUCCAAACAGAUCUUUCAUAUCUUAUGUAGUGGAGAAGAGCUGCAGAACAUCCCAGGUUCUCUGCCAUUGAGCUACUGAGGCCUAAUUCAAAUAACCUGUGAUAGCAUUGUAAAUAAUUGCUGGUGUGGGAAAUACUAGGUCUCUUGCCAAGCGUAUGCAUGCUCAGAAAGUCAUAAGCAAUAACACAAGGUCAUCUGUCCAUGUUCUAAACAUAGUCGAAUCCUGAAGUAGAUGAGUGGACUGUAAAACUUCAAGUUGCAACCUUGGGGAUAGCAUUUUAGAAUGCCUUGCAGAUGUAAAGGACACAGACACUGUAAAUUCUUUAACAAGUUAUCAUUACGUGGGGAGAUUUCCCAAACAAUUUGUGCUAGUUUUCUUCUACAGGAAAUUUUUCAAAUAUUUAAAAAAUGUAAUUCAGCAUUUGUGAUUUGAAGUGGUUAACAGUCUGUUCUCAGGAUUCUUUAGUCCAUUCUCUAAAUGUUUCGUACAAACCAUCGGAAGAAAGGGUAUGUUUAUUCUCAAGAAAAGAAAACUGUUAGUGUUGGGGCAGCAGUCUUCGAAAAUCUGAAGGCUUAUCAAAACAGCAAAGACUUGUUCUCUGCUUUCCCAAAGGGCAGAUUUCUAAUGGGCUCAAGUUGUCUAAUCUAUCUAAUAGGCUCACAGGGUAUAUUUUGACUCAGCAUUUGGAGGAACUUAUGGAUUAGUCAAGGCGGUUCAACAAGGAAACCAAGUACUUGGAGGGGAGGUGGGCUCUCCCUUGCUGCAGGUCUUUAGGCAAGGGCUGCUGAAGAUAGUGUCAAUGUAAGGGCCCAAACAGAGAGGCCAAAAUAAAGCUGCUUCGGGUCACUUUGGAGGUAUGCUAUUUCAAUGACACAUGCAUCUGAAGA